UUCAAGAUGGGGCGGAAGGCUGAUUGCGCAGUCUCCACUGUUCGAGGAAAUAAGGAACUCACGGCAAGCUCAUGAACCCAUUUUGUAACUUCUUCUGAAAGGGAAUAGCAAACACCGACGGAGACCCCUAGGAUGGCUCUAUGGCCACACGGCAUACUCCUGCUGGGGGCCUCUUGUUGCUUCCUAGGGGUACCACCAGUGUCAGGUUCUGACAGCGAGAUAUUUUCGUCACAGCUCUUCAUCCUUCGUCUGACUCACCAGGACUUCGACUUCCAUCCUCCAGAGUCAGGAGCGAGCCAUGGCGUGCCUCCACGAGUCACAUAUCGGCCGAGUCUUCACAACAGACCUGAUCUGCCCAGCUGGCUCCACUACUACUACUCCACGCCCAGCAACACCGGUUUCGUGUACGGCGUCCCUCCCCAAGACGUUUCUGAGUUCAGUCUGGAAGUCGUGGCUCGAGACAAACACACGUACGAAACGUCCUACCGCCUCUACAGCAUGGAUGUCAUCAGACAGACACAAAAGCCCUACGAGGUCCGUUUCAAGAUCACCAACAUGAACGUGGACGAGUUGUUGGUGGAAGAGCGGUGGGAGCGGCUGCGGGGGGUGAUGGCCAGGCUCUGGAACCAAGACUCCUCCCAGCUGACUGUCACCUCGUUGACCUCGGCCACCGACAGAGGUGACCGGAAGCCGCUUCGACCUGAUGAAAAAGAAGGAGUUUACAUCAGCUACGGAAGUUCCGUGAAUUUCUCGCAGCCGCUCCUCGAGCUGGAGAAAGAGGUAGAGCCCCUGUGGGACCACAGGCCAUGUCCCUCCUACUUCAAGAAGACCUCCUACGAGAGGUUCUUCCGUAAUGCCAGUUUUGCCAUCGACUGGUGUAGCUUCAAAAUGGUUGACAACAUCAGGAGGUUCGAACACUUGCCAGAUUACGGGAAGGAUGACAACGGCCACAAAUCACCCGUCAUCUCGGCUCUGGAGAACGAAGGCCGCAUUUAUCUGCAGAGUAGGGAGCAGGUCAUCAAGCGGUCUUACACCUACGACGUCGUGCACACGAUUCUCAUCCCUCUGGUCGUCAUGCUGGCUCUUCUGGGUCUUCUGACGCUGGCGAUGUGCUGCCACCGCACGAACAUGGACCAGCAAUCCAGCGACUUUUUCGAUGAACUCUUUGACGACUUCCCCCGCAUCCCCAAGGGCCAGGACAUCCAGAUGGUGCAGUACGCCAGCAUCAACAAGGCCACGGAGGCUCUGAGGAUGCUGAACCGGCAGCACGAGCAUUCUCCUCACCCUUCCACGGCCACCACCACCACCCAGGCUGACACGCUCCCCAGGUCACGCACCGCCAGCCCCUCCUCCACCCUUCCCAGGAAUUCGACGCUCGGGAGCAGACGGUUCGAAGACUAUGCCACGCUGUCCAGGCCCGACCCACCGCCUUAUCAGAGAAAUGGGACAACACCAACCCGUUAAACAGAAGAACAGUGUUAUACUACAGCAAAAAGAAAAAGAAAACGCUAUCAGUGCCUAAUUCAUUCAGGGCCGAAAGAGGCCACAUUGGCGGUACCGAAAACAGGGUCACUUGUAUAAAGUUGAAGUGAAGAGAUUUAAAUACUACGAUCAAGACUCACCCCAAUAAAGGGAAAUCCUCUUCUCUCUCCUACAUCUAGGAACUGUCAACGCGCGAAGAACCAUUGUCUGGCUUCUAAAAUUUGACUCUUAAAAGUACAUAUCUCAUUGGUUUGGCGAAUGCAGUUGCAAGAGAAAUAAACGGAGCCCAAACCUUUUCUCUCCAAGAUAUAAUAAACGCGGAAGUGAAUUAGUUUUCAUCUCAUUCGAUAGUGAUCGAACCAUCAGCCGGCAAUUUUCUUCAAAUCCGCCAUAAACCAGGAAGAAAUGUUAUGAUGCUGUAAGAGUUUCUAGUCAUUUUAUCGAUUACUUAUCAAAAGCGUUGAAGACGCAGAGUUGAGAUGAGUCAGUAUCACUUAAGAAAUACAUAUCGUAUCCACAGACCCGUGAUUUUAAUAUUAAGUGUCAAUUUGAAGCAAGUGGUCAAGUGCCGGGGUGAGCGCCACAUAGAAAAUCAUGCAAAUAUUUAGACAAAGUAUCGUAGUAAUCUAUACUGAAUCGAGUCGUAGAUUAAAGGUUAUCAAGAAACGAGAGGGAAGUUCAUCCAGCAUCGAAAGACUGAGUUCAGUCGACUAUUUGCAUCAAAGUCAUUUAUUUCAAGCAAACUCAACUUGGUUCGAUAGUCUGCGAAAUCUGUAUUCGAUGGUUUUCGGAAAGAGUUCGUUUGGUGUGAUGAGGUCAGAGCUGUCACUCUAGGUCAAGGUCAAGGUCAACCAAUUUAACAUCCAAUAGCAAUGACUUUGCGCAGCAAAACGACUCUUUUUGAUCGGAAGGAAAAACGAUUUUGACGGAGCGAUCGGGGAUUGUUGUAGCUUUGUUGGGUUUGAUUCAAAAGCUGAAUUUGAUCUUUAUUUUCCGAUUUGGACUCGGUCUUAUGGCUGCAAGACCUGUCUUCCUUCCAUAUCAAAUGCAAGUACAGAUUUAGCCUGGACCCUCAAGAAUUGGUUCUAGGAAGGAAUCUGUAAGCUCCAAUUUCUAAAUAAUAUGCCGUCACAGUAAGCAACAUCUACAGCAGGUCAGAGAACCUGAUUCACAGAUGACAUUAAUAUAAAAUAAAAAAUAAGCACUUAAAAUCUUACGAACUACUUUCCAUUGGAUUCACUUGACCCAAAAACUCGGUUAAGAUUGUAAAUCUUGAAGAAUAAUAAACCUUAGUGAAAAUCAACGUUUCAGGUAAGUUAUCUGAUUGAACGAAGAACGUAGAAGUGUUAUUGCAGAACAAGCAAAGCGUCAGGCACAAGCAAACCUGAAGAAGGAAGAAAAUAAUUCAAGAACUUUCAAUGAACGAGUUAAAGCAAGUUUAACGUAAACACUGAGAUUGGUGUAUAUGUCUUCAAGCUUCGCCAACGUAUUGUAUUACACUUUAGAGAUAACCAGUUACUUAUUGCAAUGGAGCAAAUUGUGUGAAGAUGUGUGUGAUUGUAAAUUUGAACAAUAAGGAAUAGUGCCGGCUUUGUGUUAGACUAUAAUGAUGAAGGAAGCGCAACUUGGUUUCACAGUUCGAGAAGUUCACAGCAGCUCAGGCAAAACAUUUUCAUUUUUUCUGCGGAUUUUGCAGAACAGAGUACGUGAAAAGAUGCAAAUUGAUACAAAGGACGGAUUCAUUUUACAUUAAGACUUUGUAGCUUAGGUAACAUAAUACUCAAGACAAUAGAGGAAUGCAUAAUCUUUUUAAAUCUUCUACGUCUUCUAAACGGAACGCUGCUAGAUGUUAUCCGAUCAUUUAAAAAAAGAAGAGUUCAGCGUCGUGGUUUCUAUCUGUUAAAAAACAAUUGCAUAUCAAACGGCGGAGUCGAAGCAAAUGCUUUUAACUUUCCUUAAUUUGGAGGUAGAAGAACGAUUUCGUAGCUCUAAAGAGGAAGAAUGUAUAUAAAAGAUAAAAAAGAAAUGAACUUUCAGUAAUGCACAAGAUUUAAUUUUAAGGCUGUAUGAUGUUUAAUAUUUUACCAUUCACUGUGCUAAAGUAGUAUACUAAAUAUAUAUUGAUAUUAGUUUUCAUUGUUACUUACAUUUAAGGAUUAACAAAAGGAAGACACUCCUUUGAUUAUUUCUAUGACUUUGCAUUAAUUAGUUAGUGUUUAUAUAUAUAUAUAUAUAUAUAUAUAUAUAUAUAUAUAUAUA